AGACGAGGGCCGCGGAGGAGGCGAGGAGCGCCGGGUACCGGGCCGGGGGAGCCGCGGGCUCUCGGGGAAGAGACCGAUGAUGAACAAGCUUUACAUCGGGAACCUGAGCCCCGCCGUCACCGCUGACGACCUCCGGCAGCUCUUCGGGGACAGGAAGCUGCCCCUGGCGGGACAGGUCCUGCUCAAGUCUGGCUACGCCUUCGUGGACUACCCCGACCAGAACUGGGCCAUCCGCGCCAUCGAGACCCUCUCGGGUAAAGUGGAAUUGCAUGGGAAAAUCAUGGAAGUUGAUUACUCAGUCUCUAAAAAGCUAAGGAGCAGGAAAAUUCAGAUUCGAAACAUCCCUCCUCACCUGCAGUGGGAGGUAUUGGAUGGACUGUUGGCCCAGUAUGGGACAGUGGAGAAUGUGGAACAAGUCAAUACAGACACAGAAACUGCAGUCGUCAAUGUCACCUAUGCAACACGAGAAGAAGCAAAAAUAGCCAUCGAGAAGCUAAGUGGGCAUCAGUUUGAGAACUAUUCCUUCAAGAUUUCCUACAUCCCGGAUGAAGAGGUGAGCUCCCCUUCGCCCCCUCAGCGAGCCCAGCGUGGGGACCACUCUUCCCGGGAGCAAGGCCACGCCCCUGGGGGCUCUUCUCAGGCCAGACAGAUUGAUUUCCCGCUGCGGAUCCUGGUCCCCACCCAGUUUGUUGGUGCCAUCAUCGGAAAGGAGGGCUUGACCAUAAAGAACAUCACUAAGCAGACCCAGUCCCGGGUUGACAUCCAUAGAAAGGAGAACUCAGGGGCUGCCGAGAAGCCUGUCACCAUUCAUGCCACGCCAGAGGGGACGUCUGAAGCAUGCCGCAUGAUUCUUGAAAUCAUGCAGAAAGAAGCUGAUGAGACCAAACUAGCGGAAGAGAUUCCUUUGAAAAUCUUGGCCCAUAAUGGCUUGGUUGGAAGACUGAUUGGCAAAGAAGGCAGAAAUUUGAAGAAAAUUGAACAUGAGACAGGGACCAAGAUAACCAUCUCAUCUUUGCAGGAUUUGAGUAUCUACAACCCUGAAAGAACCAUCACUGUGAAAGGCACAGUUGAAGCCUGUGCAAAUGCUGAAAUGGAGAUAAUGAAAAAGCUGCGUGAGGCCUUUGAAAACGAUAUGCUAGCCGUCAACCAAACCAGUCUGAUUCCAGGGUUGAACCUUAGUGCACUUGGCAUCUUUUCAACAGGACUGUCAGUGUUGCCUCCACCAGCCGGGCCCCGUGGAGUCCCCCCUACUGGCCCCUAUCACCCGUUUGCUACGCACUCCGGCUACUUCUCCAGCCUGUACCCUCAUCACCAGUUCAGCCCAUUCCCGCAUCAUCACUCUUAUCCAGAACAGGAGGUCGUGAACCUCUUUAUCCCAACCCAGGCUGUGGGGGCCAUCAUUGGGAAGAAAGGGGCACACAUCAAACAGUUGGCUCGCUUCGCUGGUGCCUCCAUCAAGAUUGCCCCAGCAGAAGGCCCAGAUGCCAGCGAAAGGAUGGUCAUCAUCACCGGACCACCUGAAGCCCAGUUCAAGGCCCAGGGAAGGAUCUUUGGGAAACUGAAAGAAGAAAACUUCUUUAACCCCAAAGAAGAGGUGAAGCUGGAAGCCCAUAUCCGAGUGCCGUCAUCUACAGCUGGCCGGGUGAUUGGCAAAGGUGGCAAAACCGUGAAUGAACUGCAGAACUUAACCAGCGCUGAGGUCAUCGUGCCUCGUGACCAGACGCCAGAUGAGAAUGAGGAAGUGGUCGUCAGGAUUAUUGGACAUUUCUUUGCUAGCCAGACUGCACAGCGCAAGAUCAGGGAAAUCGUACAACAAGUGAAGCAGCAGGAGCAGAAAUACCCUCAGGGAGUGGCCUCCCAGCGCAGCAAUUCCCUGUAUCUACGCACCCCCCUCCCUCCCCAGGCAAAGCAGUGCUCUGAGCAUCACAUCACACAAAAGGAACAAACGUGCAACACACAAACCAGCCUCAUCUUACACUUGGUUACUCAAAAGAACAAGAGUCAAUGGUACUUGUCCUAGCAUUUUGGAAGAGGAAAACAGGAACCCACCAAACCAACCAGCCAACCAAACAAAAAUUCCAUAAAGAAUGUAUUUUUGUCUUUUUUACAUUUUGGUAUAUAAGCCAUUAAUGUUCAAGAGAAAUGAUUAUUUAGGGGGGGAAAAAAAGAGGAAGAAAAUUGCAAUGUACACAAGGUUGUUGGCCCAGGGCGUUAAAAUUUACAGAUUUUUUUAACGAGAAAAACACACAAAAAAAAGCUACCUCAGGUGUUUGUUUACCUCAGCACCUUGCUCUUGUGUUUCCCUUAGAGAUUUUGUAAAACUGAUAGUUGGAGCAUUUUUUUAUUUUUUUAAUAAAAAUGAGUUGGAAAAAAAAAUCAACUGCCAGCCUAGAGAAGGCGACAGUCCAAGUGUGCAACAACUGUUCUGAUUGUCUUCCGCUAGCCAAGAACCUAUAUGGCCUUCUUUUGGACAAACCUUGAAAAUGUUUAUUUUUUAAAAAAUGUCAAAAACAGAGAGAGAAAAUAUUGGAGACAUCCUGAGUUUUAAAAUAGGGUAUGCGCCAUUAGGGCUUUUUGCGCUAAAGGAUGAACAUGUACUGGUUUAUGUGAACAAGCCAUUAUUAUACCACCAGACUGCAAUGCCAGUUUCCUCUACUGCAAACAGUGUUCUGUGACAAAAAGAAAAAAAAAAGGAAAAAAAGAAAAAAAA